UCUUCUCUCUGUAAAAGUGAAUGAUUUAAAUGAUAGUGAAAAAAUAGUUGGACAAAUGAUUUAAAAAAAAAAAAAAAGAGAAAUAGAAAACACGAGGGAACGCUGUUUAGAAGAGCGGAUUCAAAGCUAAAAAAACGCAUUUGGCCCUUUUCACCCGAAACAACGAGAAACCCCCAAACAUAAAGAGAUCCACUCGAGAAUAGUCGAAUCUCGCUCGCUGCCAUGGAUUUCCAAAGAAUUAUCUUCAAUUCUUCAUUCAAAUCUUCCACUUUUCACAUUGCUUCUCUACCUUUUCACUCAUUUCCUCUACCCACAUCCAAUUUUCAUAAUGUCAGCCACCAAAUCCAAAUGAGGCACUUUUCCCGCAAACCCAGAUCCAAUUUUGAUAAUGUCAGCCACCGAAUGAGCCAACUUUCCGGCAAACCCAGAUUCGAUUUCGGAUCUCUGCGUGAGCCAGAUGAUGCUAUAGCUCUAUUUGAGGAAAUGGUGAGAAUGCAUCCCCGCCCUUCUGUUAUUGAUUUCAAUAAAUGUUUGACUGCUGUAGUGAAGAUGAAACAACACUCUGUCGCCCUUCAUCUGUUCGUCAAAAUGCUUCGAAGUGAUGUUCCUGUAAAUCACUACACCUUGAGUAUUGCGAUUAAUUGCUGUUGCGGACUGAUAAGACCUGAUUGCGGGUUUGCGAUUUUAGGCAGCUUUUUCAAGCUUGGGCAUGAGCCUACUGUUGUAACCUUCACCACUCUCAUCAAAGGUCUUAUGUUGGUUGGAAAGAUUGUAGAGGCGUCAAAACUGUUGGAAAAGAUGUCGGUCGAAGCUGAUGUAGUAACUUAUAGCACUGUGCUCAAUGGAUUGUGCAAAGCUGGACAUACAUUCGAGGCGCUUGAUUUGCUCAGGUUAUGGGAAAAAGGAAGCUGCAAGCCCAAUGUAUAUGGUUACAACACAAUAAUUGAUCGUCUAUGCAAGGACGGAAUGGUUGACAAUGCUCUCCGACUCUUCUCCACCUUAGCUGAUAAGGCCAUUUCACCAAAUGUUGUGACAUAUACUUCGAUGAUUCAGGCGUUAUGCAAUUUAAGGAGAUGGGAUGAAGUUGAAUACAUGUUAAAGGAGAUGGUGGCUAAUGAGGUCUACCCAAAUGUAUUCACCUGUAGUAUUUUGGUGGAUGCUUUUUGUAAAGAGGGAAGGAUGGAAGAGGCGAACAAUAUUUUGGAAUACAUGAAGCCCAACAUUGUCAUUUACAAUGCAUUGAUCAAUGGAUAUAGCUUGGAAGGUGAAAUGGACAAAGCCAAAAGCAUGUUAAAUUUAGCGGUGAAAUCUGGAUUCAAGCCAAAUAUUGUAAGCUACAGUAAUUUGAUGAACGGGUAUUGCAAAAUAGGACGAGUGGAUGAAGUUUUGCGUCUUUUUAACACAAUUCUUGCAGAAGGACUAGAGCUCGAUGUUGUUUCUUAUACCAUCAUGCUACAUGCCUUAUUUCGUGAAGGAAGAUGUGAAGAUGGUUUAAAUUUGUUCAAAGAGAUGGAGGCUCAGGACUUGUGCAUUGCUCGUCGCAUUGGUGAAGCAUUUUCGAUGUUGCAUUCCAUGGAAGAUAAAGGCAUCAUUCCCAACAUAGUAACAUACAAUGUUCUAAUUGAGGGAUUGUGCAGUAAUAAUAAAGUUGACGGGGCAAAAGAUCUUUUUGACGAGCUUCCAUCCAAAGGUUUGCAGCCUAAUGUAGUAACAUAUACAAUCCUUAUUGGUGCACUUUGCAGAAAAAGGCGGAUAGAGGAGGCAAAGGACUUAUUGAUUCAAAUGGUAGACAAAGGUCACUUGCCUAAUAGAGUGACGUACAAUAUUUUUGUUAAAGGUCUUCUCAAAACGAACAAGAUGGAUGAUGCAAAGUCGCUCUUGGAAGAGAUGAAUUCAAGGGGCUUCAUACUUGACACCACUACUUUGCCUGUCUUGGAAGAGAAUAAUUCAAGGAGCUGCACACUUGAUGCCACUACUUUUUCGAUGCUGCUUGAAGAGUUUGGCAACGGAAGAUCGUGAUAGUGCUCUCUUUAAUAAGAUGCUGCAGAUCUUCUGAUGAAACUAAGUCAAACGCGCAGACCAGGCCUUGAUCUCUUUCUAUUCUUGUUCAAGUUUUACUCCAUCUCUCAAAUCAUCAAUUAAUGCAUUUCCAAGCCUCGUACGGGCCUUUGUUUUUUUUUUUUCAAAUGGACAAGAAAAUCUUGAAACUGAGGAGGUUUGAUUUCAUCAAAUUUGGAGUAAUUUUCUGUAAUUUUGUUGGAUCUUUAUGUAAUUUUAUUGUUGUUGUAAUGUUAUAUUUCACCAUCCCAAAUUAUUCUAGAGCUUUUAUUGG